CGGAGGCUCUGAGGGCGCGCCGUCCAGCAGACUUGUUUUCCUUCCAAAUCCUGCAGUACAGAAUAAACAGCUCGCGGAAAAAUGCUCGCCUGCUUCUCUGUAGGACUGGCUGGAGCGUGAGGAGAAGAGAUGCGUCCGUUUAGCUCUGAUCUGGACGUUUAAGGACGCCGGAGCGGUCGCCAUCAAAAACCAGGCCAAAUGACAAGCAAUAACAACGCGGUGACGAAGAGGAUCCGGACGGAGUACAUGAAGAAGUUCCGCGAUCCGAAGUGGGAAACCUUUUCAAAAUGCUACGAGGACUCGGUGAAGUACAGACUGACCCGCAGGCUGCUGGAACAGACGCACAGGCCCCUGUUUGGCGACGGCUGGGACAGCGGCUCCGACUCCAGCGGCCGGUCCAGCCCCAAACUGCGAGGAGCAGCAGAAACCUCCAACUCGAAACCUCACACGUCCUCCUCUGACUCCAAGUACGAGAACGCUGCACUGCAGGAGCCUCUGGAGACGCAGGUGAAUGGAGAAGUGCAUACAGACGCAGCCGCUUCCUCAGCGCCGGAGAAUUCAAGGCCUGUAGAGAACGGUUACCAGCACUUAACAGAUAACGGGCUGUCAGAGGUUGUGGCCAGGCAGAGUCAGAGGCACCGGGCUCCUCGUUCUGAGCCCAGUUACCCUCACCGCGAGCUGGACACUGAUGACUCCACAGACUCCAUGCUGAGAAAACCAAUCAGAGCCAAGAGCCAGCCGCCAGCCAGCGCCAAGGAGCGGGGAUCCAACCGGGACAACAGACGCUCCUCCAUCCGUUACGACUGGGCCGAGAGGAGCAUGGAGGCCAGGGAGCGAAGGAGGCCCAACAUGAGAGCCUCAGUGUCCGCUGGGGAGAUCCAUCGGGCCGACGUUGGCGUCCAGACUCGACGGGAGUCAGAAAAACGCGGAAAAACCUCAGACCGUCGGAGGGCGAGGUCAGCUGACCUGGAGAAGUCAAGGCGGUCAGAACUGGCAGUGGUGGAUGACCGCUGGAUGACAGAGUACAUGCGCUGCUUCUCUGCCAGACUGAGGUAGAAGCAGAGAGAGAGAGACAGAGGGGGGGGAGAGAGAGAGAGAGAGAGAGAGAGGGAGAGGACCAAACACUGGAUCCAGGAUCAGCUUCUGGACAUUCUUAAAGGAGCGCUUCGCCAUUUUCUCAGAAUUUCGCAAAAUCUCACUGCAAGCAUCAUUAGGCUUUUAGCUUCAGAGCUCCAGUACAUUCCAGUACAUCUACAGUCACACAGAACUCCAGUACAAACCAAGGCAAGCUUAUUUAUGUAGCACAUUUCAUACACAAGGCAGUUCAAAUAAAAUAAAAUAAAAACAUUAUUUGAAGAAAUAAUAAGGGAGUAAGAGAUGUUUCUUUAUCUGAGAAAUAUUUCACGAGUGUGAAGAUGGAGUAACAUAUUUGGCUGGACAGCAGCAGAAUUUCAAAGCUGUUUUGCUGUUGCCAUAGUUACUGCUUUUUGGCCUUAGUAGGACAGAAUAUUUUUAGUGGCUGUGGUCACGACAUUGAGCAGAAUUUGGCCUAAUAAUACUUUUUUCAAUAUCAUUUUAAUAUCAUAAAGCUCAUAAAGUGAUUUCUUUCAACAAUAAGAGAUGGCAGGCAAAAUUCUGAAAAAAUGGAGAACGUCCCCUUUAACAGGGUUGGUAAGAGAUUACGGGUUGCAGACACAGAUCCUAAACCAGCAUCAGAGGACGUUUUCUACUUGGAGUUUGACUGAGUCGUUGGGCAGUCGGCGCUGGCUGUACACACAGUGCGUAACUACAGCUCUUCAUCCCGUUCCAUUGGCAUACAGUGCUAACAGAAGGGAAGGAAGAGCCAGGAGAAUGUUAUAAUAGAGUCUUUCUGUAUUUCAUUAAUGAGCGUUUUUCUUUAUUCCUCUCACAAAUUCAUACCAUCACAUUAGAGGACCAGGCUUUUGAAGACGUUUCUGCACCCAGUGAUGCUAAAGUGGCUAAAAGUGAACGAAAGGCACUGGACUUGCUAACGAGACGCUGCUAGUGCGUUUAAAUGCACUUACUAAUCUGAUAAACUUGAGUAAUCAGAUAAUGUGAAGCUCCGGGUCUACAUGAGUCAGACAGUAAUCAGAUUUCUCCUUUAGAACCAGCCAAUAGACUCACAGAAGAAGGCGUGAAAUAAACAUAAUGUAAAACUCAAACUUCAUACUGCGGCUUUUUUUUUAAAAUAUUGAGCCGCUCUACCUAAAAAUAUGGACAUACGUUGUCUAGAAGAUGAAGAAUAUUUAAAUCCUUCACUUCAUCAAGCUUGUAUUUGGUUUCAGUGUCGCUCCAAAAGUGUUUGGCUGUUGCUCACUUAUUUCUGGUACAGCAGCCUGUUUUCACUCAUGCACUCUGAAAUCUGAAAGAAAUCAGAGUAAGAGUUCACAUGUACUGAGAGAUCUGAUGACUGAGCUAAAAUCCAGCCUCUUAAUCAGAUUUCUAGAUCGGAGUACAAUGUUUACAUGAAUAUUUGAAUAAUCAGAUAACUGCAGAAAUCAGAUUUUGAUUGGAUUAUUGAGUGCAUGUAAACGCACUCAUUAAUAGCCACAUUAGCGUCGCUGGAUUAGAUAAACCUUUAACAUCUACACCAAAGUGGGUUGAAAAGAAAGACGAUACGUUUCACUGAAAAUGAUCUGAGAAUUUUCUUUUAUUUCAUUUUAAGAUUUGAUGAUAUUUUGAUGGUCUGUCGGUUUGCUGUGCUGUAAAUGUGGUGGCAUUAUUUAAAUGCUUUUGAACUAUUUAUAUUCCAGUUUUCAACACAAAGUGUAGAAGGAACGAACUUAUGUUCAGCCUAAUAUUUGAGUGGACCAAACUUUCAGCUGAAGAAAACAUUGAAUUUCAUAUUUAUAUCAAGUGCACCAAAUUCUGGUGAUUUUUCAGGCACAGUUUUCAGUUCUCAAACUUUUGAAUCGUUUGAAAAACAGCCUGAAACAGGUUUUAAAUAAUCACUUUUAUUGCUAAGCUACCUUCUAGGCUCAAGCUACAUACACAGUACUGUGCAAAAGUCAGAGAUCAGCCUUUUAUUUCAUUUGCAGCCAAAACUGCACAUGAGUUCAAGUUGUCAUUUUGCAGUGUGAGAAAAGAAAAGCAGAAAACGUUCCUUACAGAAAAUGACAUAAAAGCCUCAACAGCUAAAUAUAAUAUCACAUUCUUGUGUGUCACUCUUUACCUUUAUUACAGAUUCUGUUCUUUUCAGAACUCACUCUCAGGUUUUUGAAGAAAUCUGGAGGGAUUUUUUUCACACCUCCAAAGUUCAGUCUUCGAAGUUGUUUGCAUUUUGUCUGAAAAAUCCCACUGACAAAUUUUGGACUCAUCAGUCCACAGAACCUCUCAGAUCCCACUUUGGAUUUGCAACUGUUCUUUGUUUUUGUCUGUUUUCUUUUCUCAGUAAGAGCUUCUUAACAGCUCCACAUCCCUUCAGACCCAUAGUGCUGAGUGUCUCUCAGUGGAAGGAUGGACAGAAGCUCCUGUGGAUGUUUUCAGAUCUGAAUCCAGAGUGGAGCUUGAUCUUCUCCUCUCUCUCAAAGAUGAAGUGCUGUUUAUCUGAACGGGGGCAGUGUUGGUGCCUAGCAGCUCUUCCAGGUGGUUGUUAGGAGUCUCAUUUUCUCUGUAGCUUUUAGUCAUUUCUUCAACUCCAGUUUUGGAAACUAUUUUUUCCCCCACUUAUUUUUCUUUGACUUUCUUCUUCCUUAUGCAAGUGGAUCAUCUUAUAUAUAAUAUCAAAAAUAUGUACCUCCUGAGAAAGGAAUAACUUACUCAGUGGCUGUUUUCACAGGAAGGGUGGUCUCAGACCUUUGCACAGUUGUGUAUAAAGCAGAGCCUUGGGUUUUUUCCUGGAGAUUAUCUUUACUAUGAUGUAGUGCUGGUUGUGUGUUACAGGACAGAAUGUGUAAGACACAUAACCACUGUAACCAUUUAAGUGUGUUCAGUGUGUUUUGUUAUUGGAAGACACUCGUCAUCAUUCCGUGUGUUAAUCAUGCAUUUAAUGCACUUUGUUCUUUCACAGAUCAUAUCACAGAAAUGAUUUUCAUGUGUGGAUAUAUGGAAUGUGGAAAUUAAGUCGACGGCAAUCUAUUAUUUCUCUUGAAUGUGUUCACUUCAUACAACACCAGAUUAAAGGGGAAAUCCACCAAACUCUCAAAGAUUUCUUUAUAACUAAAGCAUAAAGUUGCAAACAGUCAUUCAGAGUUGUUUGAUGUGAAAAGAUGGUUCUUUAAGGGUUCUUCAGUCAAUGGGCAAUGGUUAUAUUUAGAACCUUGAGGUCUAUAUAGGACCAUUUCAUGCUUCAUGUUUAUCUGGUGGGGACAGUGUUGGUGUCUACCAGGUGUUGCAGGUGGUUGUUAGGAGUCACAUUUAUUUCAUGCUUAAAUGGUUCUUUCCGUGGUGAAUUGGUCUGAUUGUUUUAGGAUGUGUUGUAUAGGGUUCUGUAUAGAACCUUUUUGAAAAUGGUUCUAUGUAGCACCAAAAAUGGUUCUGCUAUUGCUACAAACUUGAUAUCAUAACAAUAGAAGGACCUUUUUGGUGCUACAAAGAACUAUUAACAGAAUGUUUUUGAUACAGACCAUAUACAACACUUUCUCCACCAAUCUGAAGAACCAUUUCAACAGGCAAAGAACCAUUUAAGCAUGAAAUGGUUAUGAAUGCACUACCUGAGACACUCAAAUAUUAUUUUUUUUUAUUCCAUUUUAGGUGGAAAGGGAUUUUCAUCAUGUAGUCUGGCAAAGUAAAAAAGCUUUUUUUUGUUGUUUUACUGCUAUUUUACCAUCAGCAUUACAUAAAAAAACUCAGAAGACGUGUGUGGGUUCACUGGUGGCUUGGAACAGUAAAUAAAGUGUCUGUAUUUGUGUCGUAGACAUGGUGACCCCUGGUUCCCAUCAACACCACUGUGAAGAAAUCUGAGUCUAAGUUUCUCUACAGUGAACCAUUUCACACCAAACCACUCUGAGUGACUUUAUUUGCAGUGAAUCAUUGAACCAUGCAGAAAUUUUGAGUCGGUGGUAUUCCACUUUAAUUUGUCAUCACUUCUCCAGAUAAAUGUCUUUUAUCACCAAACCUCAGGAGGUCGUGGCAAGUUUGCAGUCAAGUCUUUCGGCAAAGCUUUUGAUGGACCAAAAACAUACAGCAGUUUCCUUCUUUUCCAGCAGACUUUUCUCUUUUUCUCUUAAUAUCUGGUCAGCUUAUUUGGAGUUUGCCGAUUCUUACACCUCAAAGCUUAAUUUGCUUGCAAUCAAGAAAAAAAAAUAUAGGUACUGUACAUGCUUAUUUACAACAGAGGAUGGGAUUAUAUUAAGAAUGUUAUUAUUUAUAUUACUAAUGAAAUAUAUUCUCAUGAAUGACUUGCUGUUUAUUUUGCAACAAUGUUUACAUUUUUAACCACUGUAUUUGUAUUUGGAGAUUAAAAAACAAGCAAAACGAAACAUGCACAAUAUAUUAGAUAUAUUUUCAUCUGUGAAUAAAACCACUUUGGAGCAUU